AUGGAUCCCGUCUAUCCAGCUGCGCCCUUGGAGGCACCCAAGGGAUCUGGAGAGCUGCUGGCGGCACCCGAGCACCAGCAUCUCCUCCCACCGGCGCCACCGAGUUACGACCAGGCCACAUCGACUCCGGCUGAAGCUAAGGGACCAGCUCUAGAAGCACCGACCUCAGCAGCUACUGCCACCCAGCAUACGGUCAUCGUAAUUCCCACUUCGCCAUACGGUCCCGAGCCCAUAGACGUACAGUGUCCGCAUUGCCACAAUUUCGCCCGGACACGGGUCUCCUGCAGGCCCAACUCGCGCACCCAUCUGUUUGCCUUGUUAUUGUGCCUAUUCCAGUUGUACUGCUGUGUGUGUCUGCCAUAUUGCAUUUCCAGCUGCAUGAACACGAAUCAUUACUGUGGCAUGUGCGAUCGCUAUUUGGGCACCUACGAUCGCAAGUAAGCAAAACUGAGGAGUUUUCGUAUGAUUGCUCCGUUCAUAUGUACACAUUUUCUUCAAGUAAUUAGUAAAUACAAAUUUUGCAAUACGCAAACUGAUACAAAUUCAAGUAUAACACAUUUAAAACUGGAAUUUCAAGCUUUAAUUUUGCUGAGAAUUCAAUUUAAGUAAGAUGUUUAACAAAAGGGUUAUAUUAGUAAAGAACCCAGUUAUUUUUAAAUUUUGGAAAUGUAAACCAAAUAUUUGAAGAGAGAAAAUAAAUAUUAUUUGCUAAUAAAAUCUAAA